AAGAACAAACAUAUGCUGUACAAUUUAUAAUUAUUUUCACUAUUUCUCCGAUUCGACAAUUUGAUGAUCAACAUCAACUUGGAAUUAUGACAGCGAAGCCGACAUUUUAUCAUUAAUUUGUGCACUUUUCGUCCACCAAUCUGCUGCUAUAUAUAAAUAAAAAAAAAUUCGAUUCAAACGCAUCAGAAAAAAAAUAUAUAAAAAGACACUGCUGAGACGAAGCUAUAGUGUCCAAUUUCAUUUCAUUUCAUCUCAUCUAUUUCGUUUUCGUUUUACUAAAACGGAUACAAAUUUUCCUCUGCUAUUGCCCUGAAACCAAUCCAACAAACAUUAAUAAUCGAGGAUUUUCCAUUCAAAUAUAAUAUAGACACAAAUCCGUAUUUUUUUGUGUUUGUUCACUACAUUUUUAUUUUCAUUGAAUCGAUUAGAUUGGUUGUUUAAUUAUACAUAACACAAUAACAUAAUGCAUCCACUAUAAUCGUUCGAUUCGAUCAUAUGAACGGAUGUAUGAAAAAAAAACAAUGGAAAGAAAGUUAUGAUUAUAAUUCAUUGAUUGUCAAUCACAUACAUAUACCAAUUUAUACCGAAUCAUAACAUCAUUUUUUUUAUUUCAACUGGAAAAAAAUAGAGCACAAGAAACGAACAAAUUGAAACAAAUCUAGUUUAUAUACAAGAUGGAUAAUCAUUUGGCAAAAUCAGCGAAUAAAAUCAACAAUCCAAUGCAAUGUAAAUUAAUCGGAAACGGGUCAGAGAAUAACAACAAAGACAAUGACAGAAUGAAAAGAUCAAAGACCAUUAUCGAAGAUAAUAAUCCGAUAAAACGACCGAUAAAUAUCGACGACCACGACAACAAUUUCAUCCGACAAACAAAUGCUGUUGUUGACCAAACUUCAUCGGCCAUUGAUGUCAUCGACGUUUACCAAGUAAAAACGACUUGGACUUUUUCAUCUCAAUCACCUAGAUAUACGACGACGAUGAUGAUGAUGGAUUCGACUUCAUUGCUAUCAUCAUCAUCACCAUUAUCAUCAUCUUCAUCAUUAUUCCGUCAGCCAUCACCGAUAUUAUCUUCACCAUCAUCAGCUAUCAAAUUGCCAAUUCAAUUGUUUCAUCAAGUUCUUUCAAAUAUUUACAUAAAACUCGUUUUUUUAUUCAUGAUGUUCUCAUAUUUAUUCAUUUGUCCAGUACAUCCAAGCGCCAAUAUUCGUGCCAUGGAGAAAGGAAUUCUCGACAAAAUCAUUGGUGAGGGUUAUGAUUCAAGAAUUCGGCCAAUGGGUAAUGCUUCGGUUGGUGCCCGUGGAGGAGAUGGUCCAGCAAUGAUCAAUGUGAAUCUACUAAUUCGAAGCAUUUCUCGUAUCGAUGAUGUCGUCAUGGAAUAUUCAGUUCAGGUGACAUUCAGAGAACAAUGGGUCGAUAGUCGACUGAAAUUUGACAAUAUGAACGGACAAAUUCGUUAUCUGGUAUUGACGGAUCCAAACAAAGUAUGGAGGCCGGAUCUAUUUUUUAAAAAUGAAAAAGAAGGCCAUUUUCACGAUAUAAUCAUGCCAAACGUACUGUUACGUAUCUAUCCACAAGGCGGUGUCCUAUAUUCAAUUCGAAUCUCAUUAGUAUUAGCCUGUCCAAUGAAUUUAAAAUAUUAUCCAUUGGACAAACAAAUUUGCUCCAUACAAAUGGCAAGCUACGGCUAUACUACCGAGGAUUUAAUGUUCGUUUGGAAACAUGAAGAUCCCGUCCAGAUAACCACAAAUCUUCAUCUACCACGAUUCACAUUGGAAAAAUAUUUAACCGAUUAUUGUACCAGUAAAACAAACACUGGUUCCUACAGUUGCCUCAAAGUUGACCUGUUAUUCAAACGAGAGUUCAGCUAUUAUUUGAUUCAGAUUUAUAUACCAUGCUGCAUGUUGGUCAUCGUGUCAUGGGUAUCAUUUUGGCUGGAUCCAAAUGCCAUACCAGCACGUGUAUCAUUGGGUGUGACCACAUUAUUAACGAUGGCUACAUCGAUUUCAGGCAUCAAUUCAUCGCUACCGCCUGUCAGCUAUACAAAAGCAAUCGAUGUAUGGACAGGUGUAUGUUUGACAUUUGUUUUUGGUGCGUUGCUCGAAUUCGCAUUGGUCAAUUAUGCUUCAAGAAGUGAUGCACAUCGUGCUGCUCUCAAACAACAACAAGCCGCAUUAGCUGCUCAACGUAAAUGGGAUCUUGAACAUGGUACAGCAUUAGAAACCGAACAUAUGGAUGAUCGUAAUGCUGCAUUUGCCAUGCGACCGCUUGUACGUCAACAUGGAGAUUAUGCUGGUGAAAAGCUGCGUGCCUGUGAAAUACAUGUGAUGCCCAAACGAAAUUGGUGCAAACGUUGGCUAUCAAAAUUUCCCACACGAUCCAAACGUAUCGAUGUUAUUUCACGCAUAUUUUUUCCAUUGAUGUUUGCUCUAUUCAAUUUGGUCUAUUGGACCACAUACCUGUUUCGUGAAGAUAUGCAAGAUUUGUAAAUUUAUUUUCUAUUUCAAAUAUUUUCAUUUUCGCAUUCGGUCAUACCAUGAUUGCCAAAAACAAACUAGGAAUAACGACAACAACAAAGCCAAUGUUUUCUUCCUCCUCUUCCUCCUCCUCAUCAUCAUCAUCAUCAUCAUCAUCAUUUCAAUCAUGUUUUACAAAUGAAAGAACAAACAGCUAGAAUCCGCUUAAAUGUUACGUUCGUUUCAUCAUUGUUUUCAUUUUCACGAUUCUUGCAAAUCUCUCCUGAAAACGAAUUUUUAUUUUGAUCAUCGAUUGAACAACACAAAACGCCAAUAAUUAUGUGCGCACAGGAAGCUCAUACGAAUGCACACAAUCGCAAGAAUUGAAUUGUAUAGAAUUUUAAUCUUUCAUUCAUUAUGAUAGAUUCUUCUUCAUUUAUAUAUACAUUGUGUAAAUCUAACCAACAAACGACUAAGUCUUUCUUUCAUUUUUUUCUGUUUCUCCUCAAAUAUUUAUGAUGAUAGUCUAUCAUAAAUCCAUGUAUCCAACUCUCAAUCGACUUUAUUAAAGAUUAAUUUCUAGUACCGCGCUCGAAAUCCGUUCGGAUCAUUGUAUUAAAUAAAUUAAUUUUAAUUGAAAAA